GUUUUCACAUCGUUUGCGUGCGUGGUGAAGUUUCGCAGUUCCGUUCGUCGAAACAUAUUAAAUUUAUUUUGAGAUCAGAAUCUGUGGCGGCAGUAUAUGCAGCAGUAAAAUUGAGGCGUGACCUUCGUCAGAAGUUUUCAGUCAUAAUGUUGCAACUGUAGACCAACAUGGAUAUUUUGAAGCCACCCAUCAUCCGUAUAGAUGGAAGAUGCUAUCGACAGAAUCCAGUACAAAAGCCAGCGGAGUGUGCGGAGCCAGAAGAUGAUGACAUGGAGGGGUACGGUGAUGAGUAUGAUGAGCACCGGAUGGAGGAAUGCUGUGACCUUGACAUCAGAAAAACAGACAAAGGCUACAGCUUAACGAUGGAAGUACCCAAUGGCUUCUUUGGGCUCAUAAUUGGGAGGCAAGGAGAGACAAGAAAGAGGAUUGAACAAGAGACAAAGACCCGAAUCCUCAUCCCUAACAAGGCUCAGAAGGAGGAGGACGAGAUUGUCAUUCAUGGAGAACAACGACCAGGUAUCAUCUCAGCAAAGACGAGAAUUGAUGUGAUUGUCUCAUCAGCAAGACAAAAGACGGCAUUCACUCACUUGAUGACAUUACCGUUUAACAGUCAACCUCUACAGGAUCGAUUCCAAGAAUUCAAAGAAGAUGUCCUGAGAAACAGCAGGGGUGAUGAGAGCCUAGAUGAAAGCUUGUUCCAGAAACCAGCCAAGCUGCAUCUUACUGUGGGCACAAUGGUUCUCAUGUCCAAGAAGGAAGUGGCCCAGGCUCAAGAACUACUGGAAAAAUGCAAAGAGGAAAUCAUCCAACCACUACUGAAAGAUUCCUUUCUGUUAGUGAAGUUGGAAGGAUUAGAAUACAUGAAUGAUGACCCAGGCAAAGUUGAUGUUCUCUAUGGCAAGGCAAUCAUGAAAGAUGGAUCCAACAAACUACAAGUCAUCUGUGACAGCCUGAUGAACCGCUUUGUCUCAGCCGGUCUGAUGCAGCAGGACUAUGACAGGGUCAAAAUCCACAUCACUCUCAUCAACACGCUCUUCAGGAGGGAACCGGAUGCAGAAGAUGGUUCGAAAAGAACGAAAGGCAGGAGAGACGGCAGAGCUGAGAAAGUUAGGGAGGCGUUUAAUGCCAAGAGGAUACUAAAGAAUUUUGGAGAGUACUUCUUUGGUGACUGCCUGAUCAGUUCCAUUCACAUAUCACAACGUGGUUCCUAUGGUAAGGAUGGUUACUACCUGCCUGUUGCAUCUGUACCAGUGCCAUGACAACUGCAUCAUAGGAUUUAGCAGAUGAGUAUUUAAGACUUUGUCACUACAAGAACUUGCCCUACAUCCUCAGCCAAGAUGAAACGAGCGUACAAGCAGUUAGGAUUCGGGACAGCUAGACAAAGUGCAGACUUUGCCGCCUUUGAAGGAUUUGUGCUGAGGGCUGGUGUAGCCUACUCACUGAAGUGAGAACUUUCUACCCAUUGACUCUUCUAGUAAAUUAUGUUGCGAAGAAGAUUUAACAGUACCAAUGAGUCUGGUUUCCUCAGACUUUGCUGAUGUCGUUCAUCUCUCCUUGACAAUUUUCCAUCACCCUCAACAUGGACAUAAAUUCAAAUGUGCAAUUCCUCAAACUUGCAGAGCAGCACGCUUGACUUUAUUUCAGCAAAGGAAAGACAACAUGAACAUGCAAUGUGCAUGCCAUCCGAUUAAACAGUGUAGAAAACUCCUGCACUGAGACAAGUCUCAAUCACAUUCUUGCAUGAUACUUACCGAGUAUAUAUCUUAUUCUACUGGAAUAAACACUAGUUUUACAAUAAAGAUUUGUAUAAACUAUAUCGCUGGAA